GAAACAUCUGAGAGACGAGUCAUAGUAAUUGGAAAAAUUGGCGGUGGCAAAAGUGCAACUGCUAACUCCUUGCUUGGACGUAAAAUCUUUGACACAGGAUGUGGUUUAAGCUCUGUGACAAAAUACUGUCAAUUUCGGAAGUCCUACACAAAGAAUGUGAAUUUCAUCGUUGUAGACACUCCUGGGUUGCUAGACACUGAAGUAAACCCGAAAGAAAGGAUGGAUGAAAUAAAGCGGUCGAUAGAUAUCUGCCCAGAGCCACAUGCCUUUUUGAUAGUCUUCAAUCCGAACUACUUUAUGACGGAAGAUGAAGAGUUCACUAUCGAUCUCCUUGAGCUUACAUUUGGCGAAAACUUAUUCGACCACUGUAUCGUUCUUUUCACACAUGGGGAUAGUUUCAGAAACGAAAAGAAAUUCAGAAAGUGGGUGUGGAAGUCAAACAUGUUAUCGCAACUUGUCAACAGAUGUGGAGGCCGGAUCGCAAGAAUUGAAAACGAUUCUAAUGGAAAGUCCGACAUGAACAGUUUAUAUGGACAACUUGAAAUCUUGUGUGAAUCUAGAAAAAAACAGUACCUACCGAUUAAUUCAGAUGCCUUGCAUAGAAGUCUUGGUAAUAAGCAGAUUCAGUGGAAUUCAGCUGAGGAGAGGCGCAUUAUACUGAUCGGAAAAACAGGCAAUGGCAAAAGUUCUACUGGUAACUCUUUGCUAGGGCGUCAUGCCUUUGACGAAGAAAUGGAUCUUUGCUCAAUAACCCAGACAUGCAGUAUGCGGAAGCGGUUUGACAAAAAACGAAAUAUGACAUACAUUGUAGUAGACACUCCAGGGUUAAUGGACACUGAUGUUGAUUUGAUAACACGAAUGCUAGAAGUACAGAAGUCCGUAUAUAUCUGUCCAGGCCCACAUGCCUUCUUGUUGGUUUUCAGUUCGAAGAACCGCAUGACGGAAGAUGAAAAAUAUACCAUUGAUCAUCUUCGAAUAUUAUUUGGCGAAAAAAUGUUUGACCACUGCAUAAUAGUUUUCACUAAUGGGAGUGAAUUCAAGACAGACGAACACUUCAAGCAGUUUUGGGAAAAAUCACCUAUAAUAAGUCCACUUGCUGAGAAAUGUGGUAGGCGAAUACUACGAAUAGAAAACAAGGAUUUAGCAAAUAUCUGGGAUGAUGUAUUUGUGAAAGGAGUUUAUGAGCAAAUAGCAAAAUUUGGACAAAAUAUAUAUCAGUAUAAACUUCUAAAAAAUCAUACCGAGGUGCUAAACCUACACAAGGAAAAUUAUAAAGGUGAUCGAAAAAUAGAGUCUCAGCUUUCUUCACUGGUAGUCGAGCUUGACAAGAAGAUAAGGGAUCAACUGAUAUGGAGAGCAGUGCUUGUCGGCAGCACAGUUGUUGUAGUCGGUUUAGGUGGUGCUGGGGUUGCUAGUACAGCAGCAGCUGCAGCUUUAGCUUCUGGAGCCGCAAGAAUAACUGCUGUGUCAGCUGCAACAGCUGGUGCUGGUGUAGCAAGUGCAUUAAUCGCUAAAUUCAAAUUCUGGUAAAUUGUGAAAAAACGAUGAAGAUAGAAGUCAUGCAUCAUCUAACCACAUAACACAUUCCUUGUGCAUCUAGUUUCCGGCUUACCUUGAGACCAAAUAUUUGGCCAUUUUACCAAAGCUCUGCAGCCGAGAUGUUAUUAGGCUGCUGCCUUCAAAUCGCUUUGAUUUUGUCUUGUUGUGUGUUCGAGCCGUUAAACAUUUUUUGAACAGUGGACAUUGACGCAAACGAACUUUUCAAAAGUUUUAUUAGUUCAAUCAUGAUUGCAGCUAUAACAUUAGGAAACUUUAAAGCAAAACAAGGUGUUUUGCAUGAUCAUAACAGUACAUAAUUGAAUAAACCCAAUCGCUAAGAUUGAAAUGUUUCAACAUAUAAAUACAAUGAAUACAUUUGUUUUUAUCAAAAGAGUAAUAGUGUGUUAUUGGAAUUAUGGGAUCGGGUGUGAUUUGGUUUGUGAUUUUUUAGCGGUUUCAAAAGAUCUUACUGAUAAAUAUCAGUUUAGAUUGUUGAUUGUUUGGCUGGUUGGACAGGGACAUAAUCUAGAUAUAAACAACUGAGAGUAUUUACAAAAUCAUUGAAACAUUUUUAAGGUAUCUAAGGAUAUUUAUCAUAUUUCUUCACACAAUCAUAUGGUGAUUCGGUACACGAAGGGAUUUUUAUCGGUAAACAGAAUUUCAUGACAUUCUGUGAAAUAUUUGUCUGGUGGGAAGGGGAAAAAAUGUAUGAACUUAAAAAUGGGACAUUUAUCACAUUCAUUCAAACACGUAAUAAUAACGUAGCAAUAAUACACGAAACAAUUUUUAUCAGUAGACAGUAUUUCAUGGCAUUCUGUGAAAUGUUUGUCUGAUGGUUAGGAAAAACGUAUAACCUUCAAACUAGCGGCCAAGGAAGAUAUACAUGCACUUCCAUUAAUAUGUAUUAUGGAGGUUCAAACGUUUCGAUACGUUUGCAAUCUGAGUUGUAAAUUCGUUUGCUAUUUGUAUAUAUAUCAUUUGAUUUAUAGCGUGAUAAGUAAUUAUUUUGCCAUGUUUGAAAAUCCAUUUAGAAAUUAUAUUUCUGUAUUUUUCAUAUGGUCUGUGUACUGCAAUGGGCGUGACGUUGAUUUUAGGUUUAGUUAUGUGAGUACACGACCUAGUAUUUAGAGUCAAACAUAUUAUGUAUCAUCAUUCAAUACAAAUGUUCACUACUGUUACGCUUAUGAAACCUAAAAUGUAUAGCAGUGUAAAUAAACAGAUUGUUGUCUGUUCUUGUGUUAAAAAAUUAAAGCUGUAAAUUCUGAAAAGAUCAUGAUCUGACCUUAAAAGUCUCGGCUUCUUUAAUUUUAUGUAUUUUAGUAUAAUUCCACUGACAUUAAGUGAGACACCACAUUUUCUAAAACAAUGGAAUUGCACUUGUUAUCAGGUUAAGGGAAGUUCUUCAAACAUUGUAACAGGAGUUAAAGUAACAACGGCAUUAUCUGUUUACAGUAUGUUUUUAGCUUUAAAUUGUAAAUAAUAUAAUUAUAAGGAUGUAUAUUUUAAAAUGCUUCUACUUUGUAACUCUUAGUGCUUUUUUGCAAUCAAGAUUCGGUAGAAAUAAUAAGAAUUAAUAUUUGUCUUGUUCUAGCUAUUGGCGCCUUUUCUAACAAAUUACUUUUCAUUCUUAAUGUUUGUACCUCUCCUGUCGUCCCUGCCGUUUUCAUUGCUGUUGUGGUUUUUACAGCUGUAUCUUAAUUUGCUUAAUUAGAACUGUUUUGCAGGUAUUUAACAGGUGUACAGUGAAGUCUACAACUAUGGAGACAGUUGCAUCACAUGAAAUCUACAAGAGUAAAUUUGAAAUAUCUGAACAAAAACAUGUCUACAAAAGCGUUGGUUAAGUUAAAACGUGCAUAACACUACAAUUUUAUGCUAAUAGUUUUAAAAACAUUCACACUUUACCUGUAUAGAUUCAAGUAUAGUGAUCAAGUUGUGUUUAUCAUUUUGUUUUUAUUGUGAUUAGCAUGUUAUAUAAUCACUUUUCCCUAUUUUUAUAUCCAUACCUAUUGACCUAUUUUCCGGAAGAAAAAUGAUUGAAUUUCACCAUAACUGUACAUCGGAACAUCGUUAUGUUCAUUAUAUUUAUUUUCGAUUGUUGUUGUUUUUGUUCAUUGACAGUAAUAAGUUUAAUGUAAGAUCUUUAAACUGUAGACUGGCAUCAGUCGUUAGAGCCAUUGAAUGUUAAGCACCUGGCCAUAAAAUCAGUCCUCUCUGAUACCACUUUCUAAAAAAAUUUACAAUAUCUCUUGCCUUUGUCUCUAUGUUGAGAUGAGCCUAGAGAGAAAAUGUUUUUCUGAGAAAAUAAUUUUGUGUCAGUGUGAAGAAAUUAAUAUUAUUACAGACUUUUUGAUCUCAACAGACUUUGUAAGUCUAUUUAAAUUGCAAAAUGAAACAAUUCCUCGCGAUAUUAAGUCAGGUCUUUGAAAUGCUUUUAAGGUAUUAGGUCCAUAACAGAGUACCUCCUUUUUGAAGAGUAUUCAAUUCCUACCAUAAACCUACUUUGACUGCAAUUUUCAGGGGUGGGGAGGGGGCGUAGGUUCAAACCCUACUGGGACCAUUUUUUCCCCUUGUUUUCCUUUUUUCUAGUAAGUUUUUACUUUUUUCAAGAGUAACUGUCAUUUGUUAAACAUUUUCUUGCUGUUCAAAGUGAAAUUACAUCUGAAACAGAAGGGGUAGAGUUAGACAUCUUUAAAAAUACUGAGUUACAUGCGGUAAAAGUAAUCUAUUUUGCCUUUAUUCUUUAGAUUACAUAUUGUGGAAGAAAUGUAGGUUGGUUUUACUUCUGUCCCAAUGUUAUUUUUGAAGGAAGUGAGCAAAAUUCAAAACAGACCCGCAGGAUUCGACCUUAAUUUUUCAAUGUUGGAGUUAGAAGUCUGUCUCAUUAAAUCCGUUUACUUCAGGCACCCUAGAAAAACAUGAUAUUGACAGUUUUAUUUCAAGUUUUAUAAUUGUUUACCAAUAGUUUGAUGUUUCUUUAAGGAAAAAUAAUGGUUUAAUGAAUUCUCUGCAAACUUUUUGGAUAAAGGCCAUCACUUUGAAAUUUGUCUCACUUGAGCUUGAGGAAAUACUAUAAAUUAUACAA